AUGCCAGGGGUGGAAGUCCGCUGGAACAAUUUGCUGAUAGAGCUCGAGCCUCCUCGGCGGCCCCUUUCCCAGCUCCUCCGCAAAGCAGUCACCGCGCUCUCUUCGCCCCCCUCCACAUCCAAUGGAGCAGUCAAACCCGCUAGGCCCUCCCCAUCGCCAACUCCGACAGCCACACAGCCCUGCCGCCCUGUCAUCCUCGACGCCGGCAGCGGCUGCCUUACACCCGGGCGCAUGUGCCUGCUGCUGGGCCCCCCUGGAGCCGGGCGCACCACCCUUCUUAAAGCCCUAGCAGGCCAGCUCAUCCCACCCGCACACCGCAGCAACUCGAGUCGCGUCCGGCUGCCCGUUACCGACCAGUUUCGCUCAUCACCAAACUGGAACGACGGCACCGCCGGUGGUGGUGGUGGUGGUGGCGGUGGCGGUCCCGGCAAAGCUGCGGCGUCUCAGCCGGUGGUGCGGGCUGGCCGAAUCGUACAGCACGGCACUGUGCUGUACAACGGCCUACCGGUCGAUGGGUCGGCGUUUGAGGUGUCUCGCGCCGCCAGCUAUGUGGGCCAGACGGAGCUGCACUUGCCCGAGCUGACGGUGGCUGAGACGCUCCACUUUGCUGCGGAGUGUCAAGGGCAGGGUGGCGUUGAACGUUUGCGUGCUCUGCUUUUGAAGCACGAGAUGGAUGCGGGCAUUGCCCCGGAUGACCCGGACCUGGAUUUGCUGCUGGCUCUAGCUAGGGGCCCCUUUGCGGCACGUGCGGUGGUGGAGAUAUUGCCCGCAUGCUGGGUAUCGACCACGUCAUGGACACGAUGGCGAGAUGGCUGUGGGGCUUUGCCAGGUCAUGCUGAUGGUGGGCGGUGGUGGCGCUCCUGUCCAUUGAAGUCCCUGAACUGCUGGGUAACCUUGCUGGCCACAUUACUUCAACCCUCCCCAGAUGUGGUGGAUUGCUUUCAUGACGUCAUGCUGCUGUCCGCCAGUAAACUGCUGUACCACGGGCCCAAGGAAGAGUUGCUGCCGUACUUCAGGUCCAUGGGACUCGGCCCCCUGCCGGGGCAGUCGUUGGCUGACUUCGUGCAAGAGGUGUUGGCGAGCCCCCAGGACCAGGUCAAAUACCGCGUGGCCCGGUCCACAGUGCCGCCCUCGCUGCCGCCCCCUCCACCCCCCAUGUGGGCGGGUCGCAAGUGGGUUUCACCCAGACGAAUGCGCAAAGUUUUUGAGGCGAGCGAUGUGGGCCGCGAGAUGGCGGCUCGACUCGCGGAGCCGCCGUACACCCACCCUCUUCAGGAGCUGGCAUUGCGCAAGGAGCGAUACGGCACUAGUACGGCAAAGAUGUGGUUGGCGACUGGUUUUAACUUCGGCCCUAUGUACUGCAACCGGCUGGGGGUGUACUACAAGCAGCGCGAUCACCGCUUCUACUCCCCCAUGUCGUACGCGCUGGCGUCGGUAAUUCUGCGACUGCCGGACGUUAUCGUACAGGCGGUGUCGUUCAGCGUGAUGGUGUACUUCUCCGUGGGGUUUACCAUGGAGACGGGCAGGUUCUUCUUGUUCAUGUUCAACAUGCUGCUAGCCGGGUUGAACAGCAUCACCACCUUCACCCUAAUCGCAUCCGUCAUGCGCAGCGAGUCCGCAACACAGGGUGUCGGUGCCGUGUUCCUCAUGGUCAGCACGCUGGUGUGUGGAUUCCCCAUUGCGCCAGGAUCUAUUCCCAGCUGGUGGAUCUGGAUUUACUGGCUGAUGCCCAUGAGCUGGAAUUUCCGAUCUCUGGUGGUCACUGAGAUGACGUCACGGUCAUGGCACCCGGUGGAACCCUCCCGAACGGAUGGACCCACCAUCACCGUCGGGCUGGCGGCGCUCGAGAUGCGCGGCAUUCCCUCGGACUUCAAGUGGGCUUGGGUUGGACUGGGAAUGGUGGCAGGAAUGUCCGUACUACAGAUCGUAUUGCAGGCUCUGGCGCUGACGUACCUGGGACCCCUCCGCGCCUCUGGUUCCGGCCCCGAACACGAGCACGACGACGAGCAUGACAUGGACGACCCCACGCACCUCUUCCUCCGCCAACAACAGAACCUUGACGGCGUCGGCCACCUGAGCAGCCGCCGACUAGAAACACCGCCGCCGGCGAUGACGGCGUCGGCCGCUGUUGACGUCGUACUUGGCGCCACUGGCGACAGUCUUACAUCAUCGUCCGCUGGGUUGCCCAUUCAGGGGCCCAUCAGCGGCAGCGGCAGCGGCAGCGGCAGGAACACCGCGGUGGGCUUUUCAGCGCCGUCGUCCGUGCCCGCUGCAACGGCGCUGGCCAACGGAAACGGUAGCGGGUCACUUCUCGUACGGCCGCCGCUGCCGCCAAGCCCUGCAUCGGCGGCAGCAGCCGCCACGGCGUUAGGUGCGGAGCUGACGGCCCCCGGCGGUGUCGGGUCUGUGCUGCUCAAGACGAGCGGAAGUGGUAGCAGCAGAGCGCCGGCAGCGUGGGCAGCAAGUGGCGCCGCCGCCGCCACGGCGACGGCGACGGCGACGGCGGCCGCGGAUGACGGCAACCAGGUGUUGGCUUUCCGGCCGGUGGUGAUGGCGUUCCGUAACGUGUCAUACUUCGUGAAACCUAGCGGAGAACCGCUGCCUCUCGCGCAUUUGUUAACAGACAAGAAGGAGCUGCAGUUGCUGGACCGGGUCAGUGGCGUCUUCCGACCGGGAGUGCUCACAAGCCUGAUGGGCGCCUCUGGUGCGGGCAAAACCACCUUAAUGGACGUGUUGGCAGGCCGCAAGACGGGGGGCCGUGUGGAGGGGGAGCAGGCGGUGGACGGAGCACCCAAGCGCCAGUCAACCUUCACUCGCCUGACGGGCUAUGUGGAACAAGUCGACGUGCACAACCCGCAUGCCACGGUGGAGGAAGCGAUGCUCUUUUCAGCCCGGCUAAGAGUGAGCUCAGACAUGCUGCCGGCGGCAAACGCCAGGAUGUUCGUGAGGCACAUGAUGAAGGUGGUGGAGCUGGGUCCCCUAGCCCACCGGCUCAUAGGUGCGGGGGGAGCCAGCGGGGGGCUGUCCACGGAGGCUCGGAAGCGGCUGACCAUCGCGGUUGAGCUGGUGGCCAACCCCUCCAUCGUCUUCAUGGAUGAGCCCACGACAGGGCUGGAUGCCCGUGCCGCCGGUCUGGUGAUGCGGGCGGUUCGUAAUACGGUGGCCACGGGCCGUACGGUUGUGUGUACAAUCCAUCAGCCCAACCGGGAGAUCAUGGACUGCUUCGACGAGCUGCUGCUCCUCAAACCCGGUGGCCGAUCCAUCUUCUUCGGACCCCUGGGUCGGCGACAGUCCGACCUGGUGACUUACCUGAGCAGCAUACCGGGAGUUAGCGGGUACGAGCCGCACAUGAACCCGGCGGAAUGGAUGUUGGAGGUUACUUCUCCCGCGGCGGAGGCUGCACUGGGUCUGGAUUUCUCAGCCGUGUGGGAAUCGAGCGAGCAGGCAAGCCACCAAUGA